AUGAGUCGGCAGCUGGGGCUGAAGUCUGGCGGUGAGAAGGGUGACUUCAGCGGAUACUCUGCGAUUUUGCCACGGAGAGUAGGGGGCAGUGCGUCAUCCUAUCGGGCAGGGGGACAACUAGGGGCUGCAACUAGUUUUGGCAGCCGGAGUCUCUACAGCCUAGUGGGCAGUCGUCGCAUGUCUCUCAAUAUGCCUGGGGGUAUCCGGACAGGGGGGUACGGCUUUGGGCAUGGAGCAACCCGAGCCACUGGCUUUGCAGGGAGUAUCUUUGGCAAUGUGGCUCUGGGUGCUGUGUGCCCAUCAUUGUGCCCACCGGGGGGCAUACACCAGGUGACCAUCAACAAGAGCCUCUUGGCUCCCCUCAAUGUGGAGCUGGACCCUGAGAUCCAGAAAGUGAGGACCCAGGAGCGGGAGCAGAUCAAGGCUCUCAACAACAAAUUUGCCUCUUUCAUCGACAAGGUAAGGUUCCUAGAACAGCAGAACCAGGUUCUGGAGACCAAGUGGGACCUCCUGCAGCAGCUGGACCUGAGUAACUGCAAGAAGAACUUAGAACCCAUCUUUGAGGGAUACAUUGGCAACCUGAAGAGGCAGAUGGAUGCCCUGUCAGGAGACAAAUUGAGGCUGGACUCAGAGCUGAGGAGCAUGAGGGAUCUGGUGGAGGAUUUCAAGAAGAGGUAUGAAGUAGAGAUUAACAGACGCACAGCGGCAGAGAAUGAAUUUGUCCUUCUCAAAAAGGAUGCUGAUGCUGCCUAUACUAUCAAGGUAGAGCUACAGGCCAAGGUCGAAUCUCUGGACAAGGAAAUCAAGUUCUUGAAAUGCAUGUAUGAGGCGGAGAUUGCCCAGAUCCAGACCCAUGCCAGUGAAACCUCCGUCAUCCUAUCCAUGAACAACAACCGUAACCUAGACCUAGAUGGCAUCAUUGAUGAGGUCCGCAAUCACUAUGAGGAGAUUGCUCUAAAGAGUAAAUCGGAUGCUGAAGGCUUGUACCAGAGCAAAAUACAGGAACUGCAGCUGUCUGCCAGCCGGCAUGGUGAUGAUCUCAAACAUACCAAAAAUGAGAUCUCGGAGCUGAACCGUCUCAUCCAGAGGCUUCGCUGUGAGAUUGGCAAUGUGAAAAAGCAGUGCUCCAACUUGGAGACAGCCAUUGCAGAUGCUGAGCAGAGGGGUGAUUGUGCCCUAAAAGAUGCCAAGGCUAAGAUGGAUGAGCUGGAAAGUGCCCUGCAUGGUGCCAAGGAAGAGCUGGCCCGCCUGCUAAGGGACUACCAGGAGCUGAUGAGCACCAAACUUGCCUUGGAUGUGGAGAUUGCUACCUAUAGGAAGCUCCUGGAGGGAGAGGAGUGCAGGAUGUCUGGUGAGAAUCCAUCCUCUGUGAGCAUCUCUGUGAUCAGUAGUAGCAGUGGGAGUAGCUAUGGCUACCGACCCAAUUCAAUCAGUUCCAGCUAUGGCAGUGGCAUUAGGCCAAGUACCUCCAGCAGUGCCCGAAGUGUUGAUACCAAGACCAAAGGGGCAGGAGUGGGUGACCUCAAGGAUUCCUUGACCAAGACCUCUGCAGCCAGCUCCCCAGCCAAGAAAACUACCCGAUAA